AUGACCACGACGCGUGGGGUCUCUUCGAAGUGCUGCAGCUUGCAGAUAUGCUGGAAGAGGAUUCAGAUUGGGGCAGCGGCUGCUAGGGUUUUGGGUUGUGCUGGAGGGCUCGAAUUGAGGCGGCGGCGGCUAGGAUUUUGGUCGGCAUCCAGAGGGUUUUUUAGGGUUGAGGUGCAGCGGCGACGACUAGAGUUUUUGUCGUCCUCCAGAUGGCUACACGUUCGUCGGGAUCGGCGUGGAUCAGGACCUGGAGAAGAUCGGGGAGAAUUAUUCGGGUUCAACACCAACACAGUGGAGUACCUGGAGAAGAUCGGGGAAAAUUAUGAGUUCGGGUUCAACACCAACACAGUGGAUUUGAGGGGCAUAGCGGCGGAGAGAUACGGGAGGGCAGAGCUGAACUGUGUGGGGCUGAGAACCCUCAUCGGCGUUGUGCUGGAGAGGGAUGGAGAACCCGAGGGCGGUUACGAUGAGCAGAUGGGACAAUCAGUGGCUGACGCCGGCUCAGGUCAGUAUGCUUGUGUUGAUGCAUUUGUCUGCUUUGAAAUUAAUAGGAUUCUUGAUGCUUCUUCGUUUUAA